CGAAGGUCUGCCCAUCUUGAUGAACAUCGACGACGAGGCCUCGAAGCGUCCGGAUGAAUGCGACUUGAAUUACGGCUGCAAAGCGAACGACAGCGCAAAUACGACGGAACGAUCAUCGCUCACGGACGAGCUGAACUGUCCCUGCGAUCAGGUAAAUCCGUGCAUUGGAUUGAGUGAGCCAGUUACGUCGUCGAGCUGCAUUUCUUGCUUCUCAAAAGCGACAUCCAGCAGUGUUAGUUCGUAUGAAAGUUUGAUCAAUUUCGCGGAUGUCACUCCUGACUUUCAAAUAUACGAGAUAUUUCAGAGGUGGAAAUUGAAACCAGAUAUCAUAAUAGAAUAUGAUUGUCCAAAUGACGAAAUUCUAGCCCUACUCAAAAACUCGUAUCGUUCAUCUCCAUCGAUAAGUGAAAAUGCUGAAAAUGAAUCCGUCAUUUUAAGUCCCAAAUUCAGCGACAGCAAUUGCUCUACAGUCAAUGUUUCUAGUGAAAGCUGCAAGUGUGAUCUUCCUUCUGAAAAAUCUUUCACCGACAAUGUUAAAAUAUUAAACACAAGAUUAAAAGUGUAUUCGAAAUUUGCGAAUACAACUGUAAAAAAGAUGAUAUAUAAUACGAUACCGCAAAACGUUAUUUACGUAGACGGUCGAUACCCGGUCGAUCAUGCUAUCGCCGUGGUCAAAGUGAAAUUGCAACUAAUGUCCUGCCGUGUUCCGCUUGUUCCUGAACAAUGCGACGAGUCUCAAAAUUUAGAAGAUGAUGCAGAAAGUUUAUGCGCAGAAGCCAACGACAACGACGAGUGUGAAAGUGAAUCAUCUUCUAAUGGUUGCAAUGAAAAUUGCUGCACAAUGAAGCGUGCAUUCAACCACAUGAAACAUUACCCUUCCCCGAUGAAUCAAUUCAAAUGCCAACUGUCACGGUGGAAGUUCAAUUGUCCAGUGAAACUCGCCGAAGGAAAACAAGUUCAAGGAAAGAGAAAAUUCGCAGUCCGUUUCAUGAAUUGGAUAUUCUUUCUAUCUUCGGAGAAAGCCAUGCAAGCUUUUAUAGAAAAUCCACGACCUUACUUACUUCCACCGCAACCAAGAGCUGGCUGCAGACUCGCUGUUUGCGGUCCUCGAUUUACGAAAAAAACGGAAGUGAGUCAAAAAUUAGCCAAAUUCUACAAUGUACCUGUAAUAAACGUAAACGAACUCAUUAACGGUUACGACCCGUACAAAAAACCAGACGAUACUUUGGUAGCUGAUGCUUUAUCUCUUGGUUUUACGUUCUAUUACGUCGCAGUUGCCCGCUCUGGUUUGGUGAAUUUUACCGAAAAUUUAGAUGAUUUAUCAAAAAAUUGGGAUGAGAUCGCAAGAAUUGUGGGAAAAGGUCUCGACGUGGAAAAUAUACCUCCGUCGAGUGCAAGGUCGCUCUACGACGAUUCAAUGAAACGCUUGAGAGACAUGAAUCUCGUAAGUCGAAUCCCAUGGAGAUCGAACGGUUCUAGUUUACCAAGACCGAAGCCACUUACCAAUUAUAAAAACCGUAGAUUCUCUAAUGAUUCAGAGAAAGAAGAACUUAUUACUUUAAUGUUCAUGGGAUAUUUUGUCUUCAUUGGUGCAAGUAAUCAGACAAACUUGAAGGAUAUUACAAAAGACUUGAAGAAAAUAAGAAGCUUUGUGAACAAAGGUCUAACAGUUGACGAGAAUGUCGAACCAACUGUGAAAUCAUCUUACGAUAAUUUCAUUGAACGUUUGACGGACUUGGAUAAAAAUAAAUUAUUCCAGAAUUUGAAUAUCGUUGAUUUAAAUCAAGAGGAGCACUCUUCUUUCGACGAAAACAAUGAAUCCUUCAAUAUGUCUCUUAAAGAAGCACUUGCUGGUUUGAUGUUUUUUUCAUACUUCACGUAUAUCAAGGUAACGAAUAAUGAUUGCGGUUUUGAGUAUGUUAAAAUGGAUUUGCUACAGAUAUGGAUGUUCGUAAUUAAAUAUAUUAAUGUCAAACAAAUGAGUCGACCAAGUAUAAACACAGAUUCCACAACAGUUGACAAUAUAAAAUCAAUCCAGAGUUUAGGCGAUGCUAGCUUAACAAACGCACAUCCUUCUAUGGAUAGAAAAGUGAGAGUAUCUACAUAUAUUUAUCAUUUAUCUUUCGCACACAUUACAUAUCUUCGCUUGAGAAAUGACGAGUGGAUAUUAGAUGAUAUGGUAAUGGAUUUGCAACAAGUACAAAUGUUGAUGGACAUAGGUUUUAACGUCGAAACAGUCGUACUACCGAAUAUUCAGCUACCUUACGAUAAUUUCAUUGAAAAUUUCAGAACAGCUCAUUCUAAUGAUACCACACAGACAUAUGAAAAUGAAGCUAGUGAAGAUUUCGACGCAGAAUCGCAUUCAAUUUCUGAAAAAAAUAAUCAUCUCGAAGAAUUAUAUCGCAAAGAACUUGAUUCCUACCGUCAAAAUAUUAAUACAUUUACCAAACAAUUACAUUUGAUGGGCAUCGAUACAGUUUUCUAUGAUUUGAAAAUUGAGAAAGAUUCUGUUAAACAUGUUUUGGCCCAUCUCGAAAAAAAGUACAAAUCUGAAAUGUAUGUUCCAUUCGAAAAAGAGGGAGAUUGCGGUACUGAUGAAUUUCUCAAAACCGAUAAAUCAGAAGAAAACAAGAAUCAGUUCGGCGAUAGCAAUAUUUAUUGUCCCGUAGCUUUACGCGAAAAUAAUGUGUUGUGGAAGGGUAGCAGUAAAUUUAAAUGUCUGUUGGAUGAUAAAGUAUAUUAUUUUUGUUGCGAAGCAGCCAAAAAUAAAUUUUUAGAUGAUCCAUCACCGUUCCCUUUGCAGAAACCUCUUUCAAAUUUUCCUCCUCCAUUGAGAAUAGUAAUCAUCGGUCCUGUGGGAAGUGGUAGAUCAACUUUAGCCAAUCGCAUCUCGAAAGAACUAGGUUUAGCUCAUAUUGAUUUUUACAAACGCUUUGACGAGUACUUAUCCGAUCGUCGUAUAGAUGUACGCAAACUCAAAAUGAGUCUGAUGAACAAUGACGAUGAUAAUGCAGAAAUGGACGACGAUUAUGAAGAAGAAGAGGAAAACGGUAGUAAUUCAGAUUUUGCAGAAUCACUCGAUGAUUUGAAAUAUGUCUACGAUAAACAGGCGAUUAUAGAUUUUUAUAAAAAGUAUCCUGAUACUGGCACUUCACUCCCUACCUGCAUCGCAAAAGAGUGUAUUGCAAAUUUGUUUAAAGCCCCUUACGACACUUGUGGUGUGGUGAUAAAUUCAUUUCCUAAUUGUAUUCAAGACGUACAAAUGAUGUUUGAAAAAUUUGUCAUACCAGAUUUAGUCGUCGAGCUGUAUGGAAAUACUGAAAAGUGCAAAAAACGAUUAUUCAACAAACUUUUUAAAGACUUUAUGGAUGAAGAACGUGCGAAAGAAAUAAAAAAUCAAGAGGAGUAUUGUGCAAAAAUGAAGGACUACGAAGAUUUCAAAAAGGAAUGGAUGAAAAAUGAACGUAUGAAAAUUCAAAAUGGUGCAGGAAAUGAAGCACUAUUAAGGAUUAGUAGUAACGAAUCAUUCGAGAGUACGCAAUCGAUAAUUGCGCAGUCAAUGAAAGCGGAAGAUAUUGAACAAAUGUUUCAUAGAUUGUAUCCGGCUCCAAAAUUGAAGAAAAAUAUCUUAUCCAAAGAAUACAUCAAAAAAUUUCUUCUUCAUUAUAUCGAAAUUAAAUCCAAGCGUUUCGAUGCCAAACUAAAAGAAAUAAUCCAUGCCUUUCAGGAUAGAAAUAUACGUUGCAUCAAAGUCGACGCUCAUCGCAAUAUCGAACGAAUAUUUAUCGAAGUAUUGUAUAAUUGUACUCCUUUGGUGCAGAGAAACUCGUCGGUACUUGAAAUCACCGAAGAGAUACCUAAUAUACAAGCAGAACAUUUGCUCAGAGUAGGUUAUUACUUUCUGAGUCCUUUCGGCAGACGCUGUCCGGUGCAAGCGUAUUACAACAAAAAUCCAUUUUAUAUGUUCGUACCUCUUGCGUGUCAGCAGGAAAUAUUUACCGUGGUCCAUCGACGAUUUGUCUAUUUCAUUGCAACUCGAAGAGCCGUGGAAAAAUUCAAGGAAGAUCCUUUGAAGUACUUGUCGAAGCAGCCAAGAGUUCCCUUCAUACCAGCAUUAAUAUCUGUCAUAGGCCCACCUAUGUCUGGCAAAACUACACUGAGUCAACGCUUUUCCAGCAUCUACGAUUUCGAAUGCAUAUCUCGUGACGAAGCUAUCAACUACGUGCUCGAUAAUUUCGAUGAUUCGAAAUUAGCUUGCGAUCUACGAGAAGUCUUUGGUCGCGACGGCAAGCCAACGGCGCUGCAGUUCGCUAAAGUUGUAAAGCUCUUUUUGUCGAAUUUACAAUGCGUCCUUCAAGGCUGCGUAUUCGACGGUUUCCCUGCGAACGAAGAAGAAACCUCGAUUUUCAAAGCUUUGGAUAUUCAGCCGAUCGUCGUGAUAGAUCUCGAAGUUACCGUAGGAUUUUUAUCCGAGCGCUACGAAACUGCCAAGCAGCAGGGCAUCUAUUCGAAUAUCUGUCAAGAAUAUAUAGAGUGGACUCAAACGGCCAAAGAGUUCCGUGAAUCGUUGCAGUCUGACUUUAAUAAUUUGAUCGCGGUGGAUGCGACAAUGAGCAAAUUUGGAGUUUGGUUGAGAGCCGACGAGGCCGUUCGAUUUAGAUACACCAAAUAUUUCGAGUACAUCGGCAGCACUGGAACCGAUGUUAUACGCGAUGUGGAAUUUUCCUGUCUACCCAAGUCUGGAAUAUUGGAAAAGGCGAGUAAGUGUCAACUUUACUGUCCACUCUGUAUACACUUCCAUGAAACGUUCCAAGAUAUCGACAUUGACAAAUGUCGAAGAGGAUUGCUGAAAUUCCGAGGUGUCAUUUAUUGGUUUUGUGGACAACACAUCAAAAUGUUCACAGAGGAUCCUGUAAACGUUUUGGAAAUCAUCGAAAAACUUAAAUUGCCAGAAGAAUAUCCGAGAAUCAUCGAAGAAUCAAUCGAUAUCGAAGAUGAAUGUUGGGCAAAGUGUUUAGUCAACGGAGGUUACUGUGUAAUCACGUACAUAGAAAAUUUACCGAACCGUGACCUCACACGAGGCAAACCAGACUUGGCCGUUAUGUACAAAGAUCAAGUUUACCUAUUUUGUAGCGAAGAGUGUCGUGAGAAAUUUUUGAAACAUUUUCCUGUUUAUACUAGUAUUAUCAUACAAUUUCCGCAUACUCUCGAGCCAGUGGAUUUGAAGUGUCUUCCAAAUAUUGGUUUUCUCGAGCAAAAUUUAGGCCCAAUGCUCGUGAAAGCUGUGUCUCGCGUGGGCGGGUUACGACCGAAAUUUCCUGGAUUAUCGGUAUCUCAAAGUGCACUGAUAUACGCCGGCGUUUACUUGAAAAUUCUUCAGGGCAAAAAUAGUAGCGAACUUUAUGAGUCCGUGUUGGAGCGAAUGGAAAACAGAUGCAUGUUUUUCAGGCAGGUCGCUAAUUGUAUGAAAAACAGGCCGACUCUGCAUCACGAGAGUACGAAAGACACAUUGCCCAAAAUGGAUUACGCUACGAGGCCGCUGAACGAACAAACUUGGGAACUACCGAGGCAGUCGGUACAGACGGUCACCUUCAGAAGAACUUCGGCCACGGAGUUCGUAACCGAUCAAGAGGAUAUUUAA